AUGCUGUUGACAAUAGCAGCGUUGGCAUGGCAGGUCGGAGCUGCUCUGGAAUGUCCCAAGCCCGUGGAGAAAGCUCCAGUGACAUUUCCACAGGAGUUGCUGAAUGACUUUUCAGAUGAGCGAAUGUUCAGUGGUUACAUCAACGUGACGGACAGGGACUUCCUGUUCUAUUGGUUUGUCGAAGCCAAAGACACGCGGAGCAACGGCAAUGCCAACCCUCCGGUCAUUCUUUGGAGCAACGGUGGACCAGGUUGCACCUCAAUGGAAGGGGCAACAACAGAAAUCGGACCUUUACUCCUCAAGGGAGUGAAGACUGGAGAUGGAUAUUCAGGACGCUUGUCCUCAAACCCCUUCGCCUGGAAUCAUCGAGCUCACAUUAUUUUUGUAGACCAACCGCGAUAUGUUGGGUAUUCCACUGGCUCCGGCCCUUUUGUCCUCUCUUCAAAAGACGCUGCUGCAGACAUAGUGCAAUUUAUCCGAGGUUGGCGAAGACUUUUCCCACAAUUUGCUAGCUCCAAGUUCGUCCUUGCCACCGAGUCAUAUGGGGGUCAUUAUGUGCCAGCCUGGGCGGAAGCCAUUCUGGAAUUCAACAGAAAGACACCAUCUGAAGAAAUUGUAGUCGCCGGUGUUGUGCUGAGCAACACAUGCAUUGAUCAACGACUUCAAGGUUUCAGUGCUUUCAAGCGCUUUGCCAGAAAGCAGUCGCUAAUUCCGUCUAAUGCUCAUCCCAGCUCUAUGGCAUCUGCGCGGUUUCAAAUUUGGAACUACAAGAAAUACAUGCCCAAUACUUACGACUAUCGGAGAACAUCCGCCGGCUCUUGCUGCGGAUGCAUGGGAUACAACUACUCUAGCUUCGACAGGUGGUUCUCUUCGGCCAACGUGCGCAGAGCACUAAAUGUUUGUGGCAAUGCGGGCGAAGCGUCCUUUGGGGGAUGCGGUGCUGGGUGCAUCACCUUCCCCAAAUCCUUCGACGCUGGCGAAACUGUAGACAAUGUGGCGAUAAUUGCAAAGCUGUUGGAGCUGAAAAUUCAAGUUUUGAUGGUCUAUGGCAUGAAGGAUACCACAUGCAACUACGAAGGCGGCUAUGCUGUGGCAUCUGCCUUGAGAUGGAAGGAAGCAGAUCUUUGGGCAAAGUCAUCCCCGAAAGACCUCUUCCUGAACGGGGCGGUAGCUGGGAAAGUACAAUCUGGCGGAGGAUUGACUUGGAUGCAGAUUGAAGAAGCAGGGCACAUGAACCCUGCAGACAAUCCUCGGGCUGCUCUCUUCGCAUUCAACAAGCUCUUUGAUGAGACUUGGAGGGAUGAAAAGUGGCUUUCAUAUGCUUUCCGAAUUUGA